GCGACUUCGGCGAUCAUUCGUUUUUGAGCCGCGCUGCAGUAAACAACGUUUGAUAAUUCGCUCCCGAAAAACCAGCGCGUGUGCCUCAAAAUAUUUUAAACCGUGCGUGUGUGUUUUGUGUGAAUGAUAAUAUUAAAAUAGGAAAAGCAAAUUUCCCGAAGCAAUUUACAGUGGCGCGGCUAUAAAUAGCGAACGUUCGCGAGCGCACGCAUUUUUCCGCUUAUCAAAGUCCAGAAAGACGAUAAAUAAUGCCUGUGAAAGAGAUACUCCAGCGGUGCAGGCCAAUACCCCUGUACACAGUCCUGGUGCUGUCGAUCUGCUAUUUCGUCCUGCAGCUGAUCCUUAGUCAUCUGACACACGGACUCACUCUGCUGAUGGCCUCUCAUCACAUGUUGUGCAACAUUUUCGCGCUCGGCGGCUGCAUCAUCACAAUUAAGCACAGUAAACAGAAGCCAGAGGCCCAGGAUCCGGCACCAGUUGUGACCAAAGUAAACAGCAAUGGCUCGGGGGUGAUUGUUAACCUGGCCGAAACGGAGGCUCAAACCCGUGCGAAAAGAGAGUGUCGGGAGCAGAAGCUGCGCAAUACCUUUGGCUGGGCCAGGAUCGAUAUUUUGACCAUGCUGAUUGUGUUCAUCAUCCUGGCUUCAUUAUCCUUUUCGCUGGUUGUGGAGGCCCUGCAAACUCUGGUUCACAUUGAUCACCAGGACACGAUGCAUCUUCCAAUACCCGUAAUGAUGCUGGGCUUUGUGGGCCUAAUCCUGAAUGGACUGACAUAUCUGCUGAUAGGAGGCUACACCCUACACCAGGGAAGCUUUUUGCACUUGACUCCUGGAGGAAAUGUGGUUCUCGAGCGUCCCAUGUCCAGUAAUUUGGAUCUUUCCCUAACUCCGAUGCAAAGGCAACUCAGUAAAUCCCGGAAUGAUCGCCAGUUACGCGAGGAGUUGGAGGCUGAAGUGGGAAGUGUUUACUUCGCCACCAAACGCCAGGGAGCCGUGGAAAUGCUGCGCGAUGUGUCCAGUACGAUAUUUGUGAUCGUUUGUGCCGCAAUCGUUUAUGUGGCAGAGGAUGAACAGCACACCGCGAAGUUCAUUGAUCCCGUACUCUCAAUCUUCUCCUGCGUCCUGCUGGUGACGCUUAGUUAUCCUUACAUGAAAGAAUCCUGUCUGAUCCUUCUGCAAACCAUUCCGGGUUCCAUCGAUCUGGAGAUCUUUGAGCGCACACUGGUCACCAAGUUCCCGGAGAUCAUCAGUUACCAUGAUCUGCACAUCUGGCAGUUGGCCGCCCACCGAUACGUGGCCACCAUACACAUUCAGUUCCAGAAUCCCAAACUCUACCUCAAGAUUAUCGAGCAGGUGCGGGCACAUUUCCACGACCAGGGAAUCGGAGCUGUAACGAUCCAACCAGAAUUUUAUCCGUCCACCAACAAAAAUGCCUCUGCCUCGUUGGAAUGUCUGAUGCAGUGCCAGGCGGUGGAAUGCAUCGAAAAAGUUUGUUGCAGGGAUUCCCGCAGUGAUCUCCGCGAGGUUUGCGAUGCCCCCGGUGGCAGAAAGUCAUCUGCUUCGGACAAAUGUCAAGGAAAUAGCCAUGAUCACGGCAAAAUUAAGUCAAAAUCCUGCGCCGAACUCAGUGCAGUGGUUGUGGAGGAACCCAAGGAACUGAAUGCAACCCAGCUGAUGAAGGGUCAAGAUUCGCAAGUGGCGAAAUCCAUGCCCAAACUGCAAAAUACACAAUCGGAUGCGGAAAUCACCAAUUUGGGUAAUUCUUCAACAAGUAUAGAUGCAUACAAAGCAAGUGACAGUCCACCUCCACCAACGAUCAACAGCGAUUGAUUCACCAUCAACAACAAAAGUAUUGAAUCAAGGCUUAACGAUUUUAGCUAGUUCUUAAGUUAGUUUAUGAUUUUGCCAUAUUUCUGUUGCAGCUCCUUUUUUAAACGAGACGCUUAAAUGGCACUGGUUAGCUAAAGUUUGUGACAAGAGGGGAGAAAAUGGAAGACAAUAACCUUAAAUCAAGUUAAUCAAGGAUUCUAUAUAACUCAAAAAACUAAUUGUGUAGCGUUUAUUCUGACAGUCUCUCCGAGACAAAAUAGUUUUAUAAUUAAAGAUUAAAUUAAACAGCAUUUCGAAGCAGUCAAAGAAACAAUAUAGGUUUAAAGUUUUUAAAUCAGGUACCGAUUUCUCUCUCCCUCUUGUGUCAAGAAUCGGACUAUAUUUUGCCCACCAGUGCAGUUAGGUUACGAAUUAUUUGUUUUAAGGUACAUUUACUGUGUAUAUGUUGUACUACAUAAGUCUUAAACAUUUACAACCGAAACAUUACAAAAAAUAUACAUAUAUCAUUUUGACGUGUCAUCAGCUAA